GAUAACCAUCAUGGCAUCAGCAAGCCUGCAGUUCUUUGCUUUUAUUCUGGCUUUGUUUGGUGUUUUUGGAGAUAUCGCAGCCACGCUGCUACCACACUGGAAGGUAAAUGCAGAUGUUGGCUCAAAUAUCAUAACAGCUAUAACACAGAUGCAAGGACUCUGGAUGGACUGCACAUGGUACAGCACUGGGAUGUUCAGCUGUACCCUGAAAUACUCCAUUCUCUCUCUCCCAGUCUACAUCCAGGCUGCACGGACCACCAUGGUACUGUCGUGUAUCCUAUCAGCCUUUGGGAUCUGCAUCACUACAGUUGGAAUGAAAUGCACAAAGUUGGGAGGGGACACUGACAGCAAAAAUAACGCUUGUUUUGCUGGAGGAAUCUGCUUCAUUCUUGCAGGAAUCUUUGGAUUAGUACCAACAUGCUGGUACACAAGAGAAAUUAUUUCAAAUUUCCUGGACCAGACCGUUCCAGAGAGUAGUAAACACGAACCAGGAGGAGCAGUUUAUACUGGAUUCAUCUCAGCAGGGUUUCUGCUUAUCGCAGGUGUGAUCUUCUGCUCUUCCUGUUUUAAAAGGCAGCAAGGAACGUGGAUUUACCCUCCAAAGCAGCACCAUUUCCCAUCCGCAGAGCAGGAGAGCAAUGCAGGUUACAGCCUGAAGGACUAUGUAUAA